AUGAAUCUUGUAAAACCAAUAUCAUCAGAUCACGAUCUAAUAGCUUUAGCUAAGAAGCUCAAUGUUCAUAUUGACCACAUUUGUGAGUCAAGCGAGAUCAAAAAGCCUCUUCCAAGGAAAGGAUCGUUCCUGAUUCUACUACGUAAGCCGAGCCAAGACAUAGGUCAUUGGAUAGGUAAAUACGGCAUCAGCAAAUACAACGAGAUUCAAACUCAAUCAGCUCACGGCUCUUAUUGUGGUAUUUGGUCGCUGCUAUGGUUAUAUGCAAAGCAGAUCAAUCGGAUGGAUCUAUUCAAUAAAUUCAAAGAUUUAAAUAUUUUUGUUGCAGAUUACGGUGUUCCCGCCCAUAAAUUACGAAAGGCUGCCAAUACUGGUAAGCUAUCCCUUACAGCAGCAGAGCUACAAGGGUCAGGAGCUAAGAUCUAUUUACAUCCUGAAUCGCAUGAGAAAGCUCUCAAAGCUAAGAAGGCCGGACGUGGAGUUCGACUCCACAUAACUAAGCAUGAAAUCAAAAAGGGCUACAAGCGAGCUCAGGGUGGAUCUAUUUGGUCAAAAAUUUGGCAUGGAAUUAAAUCUGGAUUUAAGUUCGCUAAGGAUAGUGGGUUGCUAUCGAAGGCAGCUGACGUAGCUGUUCCAGCUGUUGCUACUGCAUUUGGUGCUCCUGAAGCUGGGAUUGCAGCCAGAGCUGGUCUUAAAUCGCUUACUGGAGUAGGAUUGGACGGUUAUGAGAGCGAUGAAGAAGGAGGACGUAUCAGUUUCUCAGAUGUAAAACGACAUGCAGGCAAUGCUCUUCGCUAUGCUAAGAAAAGAGGAAUCAUCACUGAUCUAAUCGACGAAGGUGAGAAAUAUCUUGUCAGCAAGUCUGAUCGACCAGAGCAUCACGAAAUGAUUCAUAGUGUUCGUAGAGGUAUCAAAACCCGUUUCGGUGUAGGUGUAGCUGGCAAGCGUCGUAAGGCCAAAUUCGCAAAGGGCUCUCCUGAAGCAAAGGCUCAUAUGGCUAAGCUUCGUGCUAUGCGUAAGAACAAGGACGGGGGAUCUUUCACAAUGUAA